GAAAGUUGUGAACUUUAAGAAAAGUUCUAGGGAUACUAUUUGCAGUACCAGCACUUCAGAGAAUCCUUUUCUGAUGAUGCACUGGAGCGAGCUUUCUCAGGCUUCCUGUAUUAUUAGAUGUGGUAUACCUCCUCAGUUGCUGAUGUGUAUUACUGCAUAGAUACUCUGGUUCUUGAAGCUGCUCAGGUUUCCCUUUACACUGAAUAGAUAGGAAACUCAGUGUCAAAUCUGUGGCCACCUCCAGAAAAUGCCUAUGUGUGAGGGUGUGUGAUUUUGUACACUAACUUUAUCCCAGCUGUAUUUCUUUCCUUAAAAUUAUUUACCACUUAUCUUCAUUUCUUCAUCUAUUUAUUUUCUUAUCUUCUAAAGUUCUCUUCUCUUUUUAAAAUGAGCUGGUAUACAAAUUAGCACAUAAAUAAGAGCUAUCUUAAAUAUUUAAGAAGCCAUCCUUUUGAUCCACUCUUAUUAUGUGGAUCUCAGCUCUUGGCUUUGCUGUCUGUUGGGGAAGCCUCCUGGCAGGUCUUGCUGCAUCCUCUCCACCCGUCUGCAGUUCCCCACCUGCAGAGUAGAGCCUGGCAGCUCAGGUAUAGAUGGCCUUUCUUAGCAGUAUCUCCAUCCAUUUGCAGACUGAUUUCCUGGGGCUCUCCUCCUGGUGCUUCCUGUCUUCCCACAGCUCUCAUUUCUGCUUCUCUGCCUUUGCUGUCAUUUCCGUUGAUCUGAAUCCUUUCUCCUGUUCCUCCUUCGUGUUUCUCUGCUCAGAGUAAUUUCCGCUGUGAAACCUCUGCUGAUCUCCUCCAGGCAGGGCGGACCACUUCCUGGGUGUUGCUUCCUCUCCUGGCGCACGUGUCUGGGUGCACUAACCAGGCUGCUGCUUGCCCCCAGGUGCCUUUGUGCAGAUUAAAAAAGCAACUACCCCUUCUUCAAGACACUGAAUAAACUUCCAACUGUUGGAAAACUAUCUUCAUAAAUACAAUUUCAGGAUGUUUACCCUAACUGUUUGAUGAGAGCAGACCGUCGACAACCAUUUGGUAAAUGAAAGAAUGAAAGGGCAACUUUCCUUUGAUGAUUUUCAAGAAAGCUGUGCUAUGAGGUGGCAAAAGUCUCCAGGAAGCAGGAUGCCAAUGCCUCUGAGCAGACUGAUCCUUUUCAGCGGUGUGAUGGCUGGCGGGUCCUGGGCCCUCAUAUAUUACCUUAUACAGAAAACUUUCUCCAGGGCUUCCUACUACCAGCUGGGAUUGGAGCAGCUACAUAGCCACCCCGAGGCACUGGAGGCUCUGGGCUGUCCUCUCAGCGUUCACUUUCUCCAGCUCACUGACAAGCACAACUUCGUUGACAUUGCUGAUGCUCAGCCUGCAGAUGCCCUGGCGUGUCUUGAGUAUAAGAAUGAGAGAUGCUCAAUGUGUGCUUUGUUGCUUAAUUUUAUAAUCCCCUGAGAAGAGCUGUAGCUUGAUUCCAAAAGUGGAACCCUGAAGAAUCAUUUUAGUGUGACCAGGUGACUGCUUAUCCACUCAGGGUAUGGAGCCACCACCCCAAAGCUUGUGUCAUUUUAAAGUGUGUUUCAAUAAAUGCAAGACAGAAUUUUGGAAAACAGAUGUGUGUGUAUAUAUAUGAAAACCGUUCUUUCUCUUGGUAGCAGUUUGGAGUGGGUGACAUAGGCCAUCUCUUAGCCCAUGAAAGUACUUUUGGCCAUCCCCCCGGGAGGUGCCUGAUGAUGGGCUUCCUUGUUACCACAUUGCAUCCCGUUCACAAGGCUCAAACUGUUUUAGUUUUUACUGAGAAACCAAAAAUAUUGCAUUCGUUAUUUUUCUAAGGAGGAGGAUUAACAGACAUCCACCAGCUUGCUUUGAGGUCCUCAUGCUUGGGGCGUGGCAGCUUCUGGGCAGCCCCCACUGUGGCGUGAGCCUGGCCCAUGGUGCCCGGUGACUAAGAACUGACCAAAAGCUCCUGGUUGUCCUUCUCAAACCAGCCCUCACAUCAUUUCUUAAAGCCUAUUCUUUAAGGUCCAGGUCAAAGUGUGUACUGGUUUGCUGGCAACAGCUUCCCCUUUUAAACAGUAGACCUUAUUUCUUCCCUUUUACUUUUCUAUUUUAUUAUGAAAAGUUUCAAACACAUAGAAAGAUAAAAAAAUUUAUGCUGUCACUUGAACUCUACAAUUGAUACUUGGCUUGGAUGGCUUCACUCCACACCUAUUCGUCUAGCCACAUCUGUUUGUCCAUGAACACAUCUUGCUGUUUUCAGACAUCUCUAUAAUUUAAGCACAUAAGCAGUGUACACUAACCAGAGUGUAAUGUUUAUUUAUGGUUCUUUUUGUUUUUUUGAGGUAAUUUUUCUAUUCUGCGAAAGGUACAAAUUUAAGUGUCCUAUCUGAUUAAUUUUAACAAAUGCUCACACCUGUGUAGCUCAGGCCCUGCUCUAGCUGCAGCUUGUUCCCAUCGCAGUCCCCUCCUGCUCUGCCCGGCCGGUCCCCCUCACAUCCCCCAGCCCUACCAGACGCCAUCACUUUUUUGGUAUUUUUUCCUAGCAGAGGUCAGCCUGUUGUAGACCAUGGAAUUAUGCAUUAUAUACUCUUGCGUAAGGCUCUUUUGCUUAGCAUGUUUUUUAUACUCACCCAUGUUGUUGUAUAUUUCUUUUAACAGUGGAUUUUGAAUAAUCAUUUUAAGUACUCAGUGCACUGUGGUCUCCUUGCUAAAUAGGAGGACUGCCAUUGACCUCACCUGACCACCCAAAGAGGGCAGGACAUUUGGAGGGAGCCAGAUGGGAAAUCAGGUGAAUUCUCCAGCUAGGCUCCAAUUAGAAGCCAACCAGAUGCUGUGGGCAGUCACCGUGUUUCAUAGGGUUAGCUACAGAAAGCACUGUUUCGUCAUCUCUUGAGGAGACACUACAUCCAAUUAUCUCUCUCAUUUUAU